AUUAAGUUGUACAGUUUUAAUUCAUACUCAUUUAUUAACUGUAACAAUUGUAUUAAAUUUAAAAGAAAGGGUACAUGUGACUCGCUGCAAAAGAUAAUUGCAAUUGGAGUGUGCGCAUGUGCUGAAAUGAAAGAUGCAAUAGUAGGGGUGAGGAGCACAUGUUAUGAGUUACAGUAGCGCGUUGUUUAAUCUUCAGUCGCUCCGGAUCGCGCUUCAGGUGCAGGUCUAUUAUCACAUUUGUGCUUACGUGUUUCUUCGAUAAACAUCUCUUUCCCUUUUGUGUUUCAACGAGUUGUCUUAUUGCCCUUAAGAUCUUCUCCCUCGUGACGUAUUUUGUGAAACUUAGGGAAACCAAAGGUAGAUCGACAAAAACAUGGGUGGUAUGACGCAAAGACCAUGGACCCCGACGAAGAGGCGAGGUCCUAUUGCUGCGGAGUACAGCAGUCCAGGACCUGCCUGUGUAACCUUGCCACCAUUGAUUGGAAAAACUAUUCCAGACUCUAAACGAGGCAGAGCUCCAGCCUUUUCUUUUGGAAGCAGACACUCGGCAAAAAAUGAUAGUCCUGGACCUGGUCCAGGUCAAUACAACGUUUCCGGACUUAGCGCAAAAGGAAAGGAUGCAGCCCCAGCAUCUUCUUUACACGGACGCACAAAAUCUACGAAACAAGAAAUCACACCAGGACCCGGUGAUUACAAUCCUGAAAAGGCUGAAAAAGUUAUCCUCGAUAGUUCACCAAAAUUCUCGUUCGGUAUCAAAACUCAGACGGAGAAGAUUGAUUGUACACCUGCACCGAGUGACUAUUGCACCGAAAAGGUGAAUCUCGACAAUACCCCCAAGUACAGUUUCGGAUUGAAACCUGUACUGGACAAACCGAGCGAUAUUCCUGCACCUGGAACCUACUAUCCGGAAAAGGUAAGAGUGGACCACGCGCCGCAAUUUACUUUCGGACUUAGGCCUCCUCUCGAGAAACCAAACGAUACCCCAGCACCUGGUACGUAUAGUCCAGAGAAAGUUAAUUUGGACAAAGGUCCUCAAUACAGUCUUGCGGGAAAGGGCCGCGAGGAGAAACCUGAUGACAUCCCUGCACCAGGUACGUAUUACCCAGAAAAAGUCAAAUUGGAUACAGCACCGCAAUUUACUUUCGGAUUGAGAACACCUCUUGAGAGGAUAAAUGACACUCCAGCCCCUGGUACUUACAGUCCAGAAAAAGUUAAUCUGGAUAAAGGUCCACAAUUUAGUUUAAGUGGAAAAACAUUUCAUGAUAAACCGGACAGUAAUCCAGGGCCUGGAGAAUACUGUCCAGAGAAAGUAAACUUAAAUAAGGGUCCUGAAUAUAGUUUAAGCGGUAGGAGACCAUCUGAAAAACCAAUUGAUACACCUGCACCAGGCACGUAUAGUCCUGAGAAAGUAAAUUUGAAUAAAGGACCUCAGUACAGUUUAUAUGGAAAAGGAAUGUCACAAAAACCAGAUGAUACCCCAGCUCCUGGAACAUACAGUCCUGAGAAAGUAAAUUUAGAUAAAGGUCCUCAGUUUAGUAUAUCCGGAAAAGGAAUGUCAGAAAGACCAAACGACAAUCCAGCUCCUGGAACAUACAGUCCUGAGAAAAUGAAUUUUGAUAAAGGUCCUCAGUUUAGUAUGUGUGGGAGAGGAAGGCCAGAAAAGCCAAACGACAAUCCAGCUCCUGGAACAUACAGUCCUGAGAAAAUGAAUUUAGAUAAAGGUCCUCAGUUUAGUAUGUCUGGGAGAGGAAUGUCAGAAAAACCAAAUGAUAAUCCAGCUCCUGGAACAUACAGUCCUGAGAAAAUGAAUUUAGAUAAAGGUCCUCAGUUUAGUAUGUGUGGGAGAGGAAGGCCAGAAAAGCCAAACGACAAUCCAGCACCUGGAACAUACAGUCCAGAGAAAGUGAAUUUUGAUAAAGGUCCUCAGUUUAGUAUAUCUGGAAAAGGAAUGUCAGAAAAACCAAAUGAUAAUCCAGCACCUGGAACAUACAGUCCAGAGAAAGUGAAUUUUGAUAAAGGUCCUCAGUUUAGUAUGUCUGGGAGAGGAAUGUCAGAAAAACCAAAUGAUAAUCCAGCUCCUGGAACAUACAGUCCUGAGAAAAUGAAUUUAGAUAAAGGUCCUCAGUUUAGUAUGUGUGGGAGAGGAAGGCCAGAAAAGCCAAAUGAUAAUCCAGCUCCUGGAACAUACAGUCCUGAAAAAAUGAAUUUAGAUAAAGGUCCUCAGUUUAGUAUGUCUGGGAGAGGAAGGCCAGAAAAAGCAAAUGACAAUCCAGGCCCUGCUGAUUACUAUCCAGAGAAAGUAUUAAAUCUGGAACAUAAACCUUAUUUCAGUUUUGGUAGUAGAAAAUCCUUGGAUAUGCCUAGGGAUAUACCAGCUCCCGGUACUUACUCACCAGAAAAAGUCAAUUUAGAUAAAUCGCCUCAAUACUCGUUCGGUUUAAAAACAUUCAUCGAGAAACCCAAUGAUGCACCUGCUCCUGGAAGUUACCACCCUGAAAAGGUAAAUCUGAAUAAAUCUCCCCAAUACAGUUUUGGAGUUAAAACUGAAGUGCAUGGAAUAGAUUCUAUACCAGGUCCGGGUUCAUACAGCCCAGAAAAAGCUAUGCUUUUAUUAGAAAAAGCAUUGCGAUUUACUUUUGGUCUAAGGACAAAUACAAGCAGACCAAAUGAUAUUCCAGCUCCAAAUGUUUACAACAUUCCUUCUGCUCUUGGCGGAACAAAAGAAGGCAAUAAGAAAACAGCACCGGCUUAUUCUAUCUCGGGUAGACAAAAAGUUUUCACAGACGAUCGUAUCUUGGUUCCCGGACCUGGGACAUACGAGGCUGUGAAACCAGAUGCAGUUAGAAUAAAAAGUCCCGCCUAUAGCAUCAGUGCUCGAUAUCAGCUACCUGAUGACCAUUCUCAGAUACCAGGACCUGGAGCAUAUUGUCCAGAAAAAGUAAUUCUUGAUAUUCCUCCAGCACAUUCAUUUGGCAUUAGACAUUCACCAUAUAUGUGCAAUUUGAAGGACGUCGUUUAUUAGCAUAAGUGUUUUACACAACUAAAUUCUGUCAUCGUUCUACCUUAAAACUAUCAAUUAUAUACAAUCGAUAUAUAAUAUAUCUUUAUCGAUAUAUAUAUAUAUUUAGUAUACAUGUAACAAUAUUUAAGUAUAAAAUAUGAUGCAUGAGUAAACAAUUUUUAACGCUCUUCUAAAAUAAUCGUAGAAUACUUUUAUACAAUAUUAUAUUUAAAAGCUUGGUGCUGCUAACAAUCUAGAAACACUGAAGAAAAGAUAUUAGGAAUUUACUGAUACUGAUUGUGCAAGCAUUAACUUUUAUUCUAAUCGAAAGACAUAUGCUAUUGUUUUAUAAAAAAUCUAUAAAAAUAACCAGUUGCCUUCAUUUUUCCUUAAUUGUGCAGUAAGUUUACUUUUAAAAAGGAAUAAAAUAAAUCCUUCACAAAUAAACAUAAAUGUUGUAUAUAAUUCAUGUUUCCUAUAUUGAAAACAAGAUACAAUAUUAAAAUGUGACAACUUUUUGUAUUUAUUAACACGUCAAUACUGUGUAUUAUUGAAUUCUUUGUAGUAAUGUUACAAAUUAAUUAUAAUAAUACAUAUAACAAUUCACGUACAAAUCACGUUAUAUUAAAACUGGCCCAUAUACAAUAGAUUUAAUAAAAACAAAAAUUACUGAAUUCUAUAACAGAUUAUGUUGUAAGAUAUAAACACUCCUGAUUCAUCCAUACAGUGAAACCUUGAUAUAAGCGAAAUGUUUGAAAUUACAAGUAAAUAUAUAAUAAACAUAAAAAAUAAGAAAUA